AUGGCGGCUGCUCAAGUAAUUACCAAUUCUGGACACGAUGAGAUGAUUCACGAUGCCGGGCUGGAUUACUAUGGCCGCAGAUUGGCAACAUGCUCGUCGGACAAAACGAUAAAGAUCUUUGAGAUUGAAGGAGAGACACAUCGGUUGAUUGAGACCUUGAAAGGACAUGAAGGAGCAGUUUGGUGCGUGGCAUGGGCGCACCCUAAGUUCGGAACCAUUCUCGCCUCCUCGUCGUACGAUGGAAAGGUACUCAUCUGGCGCGAACAACACCAGAACGCUACGUCACCCGUUGGUGGCGGCGCUUGGACGAAGGUGUUCGACUUCUCUCUCCACACUGCCUCCGUGAACAUGGUCUCCUGGGCUCCGCACGAGAGUGGCUGCCUUCUAGCCUGCGCCUCUUCGGACGGACAUGUCAGCGUUCUCGAGUUCCGAGACAACAGCUGGACUCACCAGAUCUUCCACGCCCACGGUAUGGGCGUCAACUCUAUCAGCUGGGCACCUGCUGCCACCCCUGGCAGCUUGAUCAGCGCCAACCCCGGAUCGGGUCAACAGCGGAGAUUUGUCACCGGCGGAAGUGAUAAUCUGCUGAAGAUCUGGGACUACAGCCCGGAAACCAAGACCUACAACCUCACGCAGACUUUGGAAGGUCACUCCGACUGGGUUCGAGACGUCGCCUGGUCCCCUAGCAUUCUUUCUAAGUCCUACAUUGCCUCUGCCUCCCAAGAUAAAACAGUUCGGAUCUGGACCUCCGACGCAUCCAACCCUGGCCAGUGGACCAGCCAGCAACUCGAGUUUGAUACUGUCCUCUGGCGGGUCAGCUGGAGCCCUAGCGGAAACAUUCUUGCCGUCAGCGGCGGCGAUAACAAGGUCAGCCUGUGGAAAGAGAACCUCAAGGGGCAAUGGGAGAAGGUAAAGGAUAUUGAGGAGUAG